AUGCGUGCCUCUCCCACCGUCCCGCCGCUGCACUCGGAGCACUUUAAGUCCUGCCACGAGAAGGACCUGUCCUACUGCCUGAACGGAGGGGAGUGCUUCGUCAUCGAGACUCUGAGCGGGCCCCACAAGCACUGCAAGUGUCUGGAGGGGUACCAGGGGAUCCGCUGUGACCAGUUCCUCCCCAAGACCGACUCCGUGCUGUCGGACCCAAAUCACCUAGGAAUUGAGUUCAUGGAGAGUAAAGAGGCUUCUAAGAGACAAGUGCUGUCCAUCACGUCGAUCGUCACAGCCAUCAGUCUGCUGGGCCUGGUGUGCAUGGCCCUGUACCACCGCAACAAGCGACACAGGGAGAAGCUCCAGGCCCAUCUGAAGGAACACCAGACUCUGAAGAACUACAACUCCCACCAUGCACUGGGAGAAGACCGGCCCCCCAGCAGCAGUGUGCAGACGUACCAGAACUAUAAGAAGCUGUUCCAGUGUCCAGAGUCCAGUCUGAACCACUGCAGCAUCAGCAACUCCUUCUGCAGAUGUAGUAGGACGGCCACGCCCCCACGGAAGGGCUUGACAUUCUUCAGUUCCGGCCCUCAUGUGUCUGCACUGAGUAAGCCUGCGUCCUUCCCCAGAGGGAGGCUUCAGAUGGGACUGCCCAAGUGUUCAGAUGCUGCAUACAAGCACCUUCGGGACAGGGACCCCUCCAGACCGGACCCCCAACCACUCAAAGGGUCUGGGAGCCAGAGCGACUGCCACUACAGCGACCUCUGCCAGGACACGUUCCUGCACAUACGAAGCCCAGUCCAGGACAAUAAGGACAAAACAUCGACCUUCUACCUUCAGAGCACAAACCCUCCGAUGGAGCAGCGGCUGCACGAAGAGCCUGCACUUUGCCCUUCCUCCAUCCCGAUCAUCCCCUCCAUCCACUGCCAUUACGACGUGGAGGUCUCCCAUCAGCGGACGCUGGCAGACCAGCACGAGCACAGUGUGGCUCAGCAGCAGGAACACGCAACACUGCUGCUGGAGGACGCGCAGCAGCAGCUCAAGGCGGUCGCGCAGUGUAAACACGCCAGGCCCACCGCCAUUUUGGAAGCGAAUGAGACUGUGUGCUUCCUCCAUCCCAACGCCAAGUCCACGACCCGCGAGCCGCAAAUCCAAAUCCUUAGCCGAUCAAAAACACGCCUGAGCGAGCAAUGA